AUGUCUAAAAAACAGAAGCAUACGCAAAAAUAAACCAAAAAAGUCCUUUCUCAAGACAUAAAUGAGAGUGAUUAAUCUAAUUUCUUCUCCCUUCUUGGCGACGAUUACACUGUAAGUCUUUUUUUAUAAUAAAAAUAGAAUAAUGGCAACAUCAAAUUAGUUUAAAAAAUAUUAGGGGAUUAUAAAACUCUUCUUGAGUAUCCUCCAAGUAAAUUUUGGUCCACACUCUCUUACAAUUUAAAUCUCCAAAAUUCCUUAGACCUCUUCUUGAGAUACGCACCAAGAAAACACUUUCUCAAAGAACCCUUGCACUUCACAGGAUAUUACGGAGUACUAAUCAAGGAGAUCUUCAAAUGUGUCUUUGCUAUCUAUCUUCGAUUAAUAGAUUUAUAAAAUGAAGAUGCAAUUCUAUAUGAAUAAGUUGGUGUAUAUGAUUUGGUGUACUAAAAGUGGAUCUUUGACGUAAUGAAAUUGACUGAUAUCUGCACAAUAUAUGGGGACAAAAACGAGAGUAAUAAUAAUUAUUCUAUUAUUACCUAGAUGGUGUCAAGAAAAUUUGUCAAUUUGUGUUCAAGUAUCAAGCUUACCAAGACGAUUACAAAUCUACUAUAGAUUCCUUUAUGAAAAAUGUUCUUGGGAAGAUUUAUGAGGACAUGUUUGCAAUAAACAAUAAAUCAGCCAAUGAAAACGAAAUCAUUAUUAGUGAUGUUCAACAAAAAAUGGAAUUGCUCACACUAAUUUUAGAUUCCAUCGAAACAGUAAUUGUUUGGGCCAAAUAUUUCCCAUAACAACAAUAUCUAUUUAAAACAGAAAUAAUGUCAUGUUUUGAAUAGGUCUUCUAUGAAUUGAUUCUAGCUAAAGGAUAUAGUAGAGGAACCACAUAGAUCUUGGGUGUUUGGAAACCUUAGUUUUUAUAAAACUUACAUUACUUCCUGAAACAAGCUUUGUAAAGAUUUAUAGAUUUCUUUGUUAUUUACAUGAAAUACUUGGAGGAAUUGAUUUUGACAAAACAGAUAAAAUAAUCUCAAGAACAUAUGAAUUAUUUGAUUCAAAAUUUUGGUAUUAUAAAAAGGAAGUUUAAAUCUAAAAAGGUAACUACAAGCCAAAACAAAGAAUGGAUUCUAUUUGAAGCUCUUUAUGAAAAUGGGUUUAACAUGAUUGAGUUGUUGAUGAACACGCCAUGGAAUCAAAUUAAUCUACCUAAGGAGGACAUUGAAGAAGUGACUCUUCUAAUGACAACAGUAAUGGAGGAGAGAGAAAGACUCAAAGGUAAAGCCAAUAAUACUGAGCCUGAGAAUUUUGAUGUGUUUGAAAAUUUCGAUCCAACAUAGUCUACACUUCCCAUUGAUGUUUUACAGGCAAUAGACUAAGGCGAGGCAGAGUAGGAAGAAUAAGCUCUGAACAACGAAGAAGAAGAUGAACCAAUGCAAGUAGAAGAGAAAUUAGUUGAAAUAGUGUCAAAAAAGAAAUAAAAAUUGACAUUUGAUUAACCAUUGAAGGAUAGGAUUGAGAUGGCUGAAAUCACAGCUAAGCUUUAUAAUGAUGAACCUGAUGAUACAUAUGAUUAUCAGGAAGCAUUGCAAAGACCUGAAAAGGAAUACAAAAGUAGUGAUGAAGAUGAAGUGGAUGACUAUGUUGCUAAUGAUCAUUUUAUUAGGUAUGCUUAACCUUCAAAGAAAUCAAUUAAUUCAUAGAUUAAUUCUGGACAUAGUAUGAGUUAUUAGAAUUUGGAUAAUAAUAACGAGAAAUAGAUAAAAAUUCUCAAGAAUCCGAACAAGUAGUAACAAUAGAUUAAAUAACAACGAAAUGAGUCAGGAUUCAGUGAUGAAGAGGAUGAUCAAUUUAGAAGAGAUAAUGGAAACAGAAGUAAUCAUAACAAUAAUAAUAACAAUAAGAAUGAUAAUCGUCCUUAUUAGGAAAAGUCUAUGAAAACAUAUGUUAAGGAUAAUCACUACCAGAAUAACAAUAAUGAAUAUCAAAGAAGAAACUAGAACAAUAAUAAUUAACAAUAUAGAAAUAAAAAUAAGAAUCAAGAAUAUUCAAGGAAUGAUGAUGAUUGUUACAAAAGGGAUGACUAUGAUCGGGAUGACAGACCUUAAGGAAAUUAUGAAUAGAAGAAGGUUCUCCAGAAGGAGAGAAAUAGAGAUGGGGGGUAUGUUGGAACUAACAAGCCGAAAAUUCAGUAAGAAUACGAAGAGAAAUAAGAAAGCCAGCAAACACAAGAGCAUCAACAGAAAUAAAAUAAUAAUAAUAAACAUCAAUAAGGCAAAAAGAAUUUAAACUCCAAGGCUAAUACUUAAGAUCUUUAUGUUCCGAAAGAGGAAACUACAAAUAAAGAAUACUAAGCUUAAGAAUAGAGGCAGGAUAAGAAACAUCAAAGGGGCUAAAAAAGAUAUUGA